CCAGCGUUACAGUUUUUUCGAACAGUUUGUGCUCCCUUUCGUUUUUGACCGCUCGGUCCUGUAUAAUGUCUAAUGAUAAAGUAGCAGAAUGGAAGGAACUACUGAGAAAGAAACUAGCAAACGCGAGGAAAGACGAGAGAAGCGAAGAGGAGAAGAAAGAAGAGGAGCUCAGCCUGUUCACCAAGUACUACACAGAGUGGAAAGGCGGCGCUUCCGCCACUGACCAGUCCUCCUACAAGAACAUCCCCCGCUUUUACUACAGGCUUCCAGCUGAAGAUGAGGUUUUGCUGCAGAAGCUCCGAGAGGAGUCCAGAGCUGUGUUUCUGCAGCGGAAAAGUCGGGAGCUUCUGGAUAACGAGGAACUGCAGAACCUGUGGUUCCUCCUUGACAAACAUCAAGUACCCCCAAUGUCUGGGGAUGAGGCGAUGAUCAAUUAUGGUAGUUUCUUGAAGGUUGGAGAAAAAGCUGGCGUGAAGUGCAAACAGUUCUUCACUGCAAGAGUCUAUGCCAAGCUCCUCCACAAUGAUCCAUAUGGACGGAUAUCAAUAAUGCAGUUCUUUAACUAUGUCAUGCGAAAAGUUUGGCUUCAUCAGACAAGAAUUGGCCUGAGCCUGUAUGAUGUUGCUGGACAAGGCUACUUGCGUGAGUCGGAUCUGGAGAACUACAUCCUGGAGCUGAUUCCCACCCUUCCCCAGCUGGAUGGUCUAGAGAAGUCGUUCUACUCCUUCUAUGUCUGCACUGCUGUCCGAAAGUUCUUCUUCUUUCUGGACCCCCUGCGCACAGGAAAAAUAAAAAUUCAAGACAUCUUGGCUUGCAGUUUUUUGGAUGAUCUUCUUGAGCUAAGAGAUGAAGAUCUCUCCAAGGAGAGCCAAGAGUCCAACUGGUUCUCAGCCCCCUCUGCACUGCGUGUCUAUGGCCAGUACUUAAACCUCGACAAGGACCACAACGGCAUGCUGAGCAAAGAGGAACUGUCCCGCUACGGCACUGGCACCCUGACCAGCAUUUUCCUGGACCGUGUUUACCAGGAGUGCCUUACGUAUGAUGGAGAGAUGGAUUACAAGACUUACCUGGACUUUGUUCUUGCUUUGGAGAACCGCAAAGAGCCAGCAGCCCUGCAGUACAUCUUCAAGCUUCUGGACAUGGAAAACAAGGGCUACCUUAAUGUGUUUGCGCUGAAUUAUUUCUUUAGGGCCAUCCAAGAACAGAUGAAGUUGCAUGGGCAGGAACCAGUGUCUUUUCAAGAUGUCAAGGAUGAGAUCUUUGACAUGGUGAAACCUAAGGACCCGUACAAGAUAACACUCCAGGAUCUUGUGAAUAGCGGACAGGGUGAUACAGUCAGCAGCAUCCUUAUAGACUUGAAUGGCUUCUGGACUUACGAGAACAGAGAGGUCCUUGUGGCCAAUGACAAUGACAACAGUGCCGAUAUGGAUGACACGUAGCAGCAGAAAAUUCAUGCGUACCCUGUGUGCUAACAGCAGUAACACGGUUUCUACAGCAUUGUACAGGACAUGAUCAAGUGCACUGAUCCUUGUUCAAACCAAGAAUUCCCCUGAAUUCUCCCCAUAAACUUCACUACAGCAAUACCUCAUUAGAUUUAAAUAACAU